GACAACAACACGGUCUUUCAGGCAACGUGGUUGUUCCAUCGUCCAUCACGGCCCUCACCAUGACUAAAUUCGGCAACUUGACGACUAAUUCCGGCGUCCAGGCCCUCAAUGAUUACCUUGGUGACAGGAGCUAUGUAGAAGGAUACUCUCCUAGCCAGGCUGAUGUGGCAGUGUUUGAGGGUCUGGAUAGGGCACCCAAUCCACAGUUUGCCCACGCCCUCCGCUGGUACACUCACAUCACCUCCUUUGGUGAGGCCAGAUCAAAGUUCCCUGGUAGCAAGCCAGCUGCACCAGCCAAGGUGGAGGCGAAGGCAGAGGAGGACGAUGAUGAGGUGGACCUGUUUGGUUCCGAUGAUGAUGAGGAGGAGGAUGCUGAGGCUGCCAGGGUGAGGGAGGAACGCCUUGCCAGCUAUGCAGCCAAGAAGGCAGCCAAGCCCGGCCCCAUUGCUAAGUCUCAGAUCUUGUUGGAUUGCAAGCCUUGGGAUGAUGAGACAGACAUGAAGGCUAUGGAGGACAUGGUCCGAACUAUCUCCAUGGAUGGACUUGUUUGGGGUGCUAGUAAGCUCAAUCCUCUUGCAUUUGGCAUCAUGAAGCUGAGCAUUCUGUGCACGGUGGAAGAUGCCAAGGUGUCAGUGGAUGAUCUGAUUGAGAAGAUCACAGAAUUUGAAGACUAUGUGCAGAGUGUGGACGUGGCAGCCUUCAACAAGGUCUAGAGCAAAUCUGAAAGCCUGCUGCAACUGCUGCUACCUUCUCCUCAUAGCCAGUUUGUUGUCCCUGCCACUUGUUGUCAAGGAAACUCUUCCAUAGUUUUAAAGGAAGAUGGAAACGUUUUUAGUAAAGCCAUGGAAAAGUUGUA